UUGAUCUAUACUAAUACACAAGCAAAUUAGCCUAUGGCCCCAGUCUGACCUGGUUUGCCAGCAUCACACCCUGUCUCUAAAUAGUAAAUAUUUAUCCCAAAGAACUUUAUGGAAGUGCAACCUGCUGCGGUGUGCUGGAAGAGUCUAAUUUACUUUGUUAGGACUUGGAAAACUGGCAGGACAGUGGGGAAAAUAUUGUAAAUCUACUGUACAGUAUAGAAAGUAAAAAAAUUGAGGUUUUUUUCUAAUGUGAAACAUCCAUUUUUAAAAGUGAAUAUUAUGUCCAAUAACAGGUCCAUUGUCUUGGUGGUGAAAUUGGAGCAGAAGUUUGGGAGCACCUUCUAGUUAUGAUUCGAUGUCCAUUUUUGGCUCUCUCUGCAACUAUUAGUAACCCAAAACAUCUUACUGAGUGGCUACAGUCAGUAAAGAGGUACUGGCAGCAUGUUGAAAGUAUAAGAGAAGAAAACCUUAGAUCUUCUACAACUACCAAGAAAGGAACUAAAAAACAAAGGAAUAUCAAGACACUAAAUAAAUCAUAUAAAGUUAAAUUGGUGCUUUAUGGAGAGAGAUACAAUGAUCUGGAAAAAUAUGUGUGUUCCCUAAAGAACAAUGACUUCACAAUUCAUCACUAUCACCCAUGUGCUGCCCUAAGUGUGGACCAUAUAGAUAAAUACGGCUUCCCUUCAGACCUGGCUUUUUCUCCACGAGAAAGUAUUUUACUGUAUGACUCCAUGGUACAAGUCUGGGAAAACUGGCCAAGAGCUGAUGAGCUAGAUCCUGAGAAGUUUACACAUUUUAAAAAUAAAAUAGUAAUCACAAAAGCAGAUGCAAGAAAAUAUGAAGAAGAAUUGAAGGAAGAGCUAAAAAAUUGGAUUGUACAUGACAACAGAAUGAAGGCCAGCAGGGUGCUGAAGUUACUCAAACCUCAUCCUCCCUAUUGUUCAGAAAAAGACAUGAAGGACAAUUUCCCAUGUUUUGUUGAAAAACUAAGACAGAUGGAUAAACUGCCUGCACUGUUUUUUCUAUUCGACAUUAAAAAGGUGGAAAACUGGGCUGAAAAUAUAAAUAACAAUCUGGAGAAGAAGCAAAAGAGUAAACAAAUACCAAAGACUGAAAGGCAAAUACAUUUGCUAACAAAUAGAUUGAAAAAAAUGGAAAAGUCGAUGCAGAAGAAUCAGACUGUUGACAUGAAAAUUACAUCAAGUAAAACUGAUAAAAUGAUACUUGAGGAGGCUGAACAUGGAAAUUUGAUGGAAAAACUUGGGAAGAUAACUGAAAUCCCUCCGGAUUGCACCUAUGCAAAUAGCCAAGCUGUUGAUACAGACAUUUUGCAGAAGGUGAUUGAUCGAGUGAAGUUCAUGAAAACAAAUACAACACUGAAAACACUGGCACUGAGAGGAAUUGGAUAUCAUCAUGCUUCUGUGUCACAAAGAGGAAGGCAGUUGGUGGAGAUGCUCUUCAGGAUGGGAUUUAUCCAGGUGGUUACAGCUACUGGAACACUGGCUUUAGGAAUCAACAUGCCAUGUAAAUCGGUUGUCUUCACACAGAAUUCUGUGUAUUUGGAUGCUCUGAACUAUAGACAGAUGUCUGGACGUGCUGGACGACGUGGUCAAGACUUGCUGGGAAAUGUGUUUUUCUAUGACAUUCCAUUGCCAAAAGUAGACAAGCUUAUAAAAUCCAAUGUACCUCAAUUGAGAGGCCAGUUCCCUCUGAAUAUCUCCCUAGCACUGAGACUUAUGCUGUUGGCUGCAAAAGCUGAUGACAAAGAAGAUGCAGAAGUGAAGGUUUUAUCACUAUUGAAGCAUUCGCUUCUCUCCUUCAACCAGCCAAGAGUCGUGGAGAUAUUAAAGCUCUACUUUUUAUUUUCUUUGCAAUUUCUUGUCAAGGAGGGAUAUUUGGAUCAAGAAGGUAAUACCAUGGGAUUUGCUGGACUUGUAAGCCAUCUGCAUUAUCAUGAACCUUCCAAUUUUGUCCUAGUCGGCUUUCUUGUGAAGGGCUUGUUUCAUAAACUGUGCCAGCCGAGGAAAGAUUCAAAGACAUUUUCUAAAGAGGUGAUGGAACAGCUAGUCCUAGUACUGGCAAAUCUGUUUGGAAGAAGAUAUAUCCCAGCCAGCGUUAUUAAAUCUAAACAAAAGUUUUACCAGUCAAAGGUGUUCCUUGAUGAUCUCCCAGAAGACUUUGCUGUUGCAUUACAUGAGUACAACAACAAAAUAGAGGAGAAUUUUGGCCAUUUUUUAUUGAUUAUUUCCAAGAUGGCUGAUAUGAAACAAGAAUACCAACUUCCUCUUUCAGGGACUGAUUUUUCAGGUGAAGAGUGCAAUGAGUCUAAACUGGUGUCUCAUUUGACGAGUUGUAAUGAGGGAAGAACUGCUGUUUCACCUUUUGCAUGCCUGUCUGGAAACAUGGAUAGUGAUUUACUUCAUGCAGAGACUGUCAACAGUGUCAUAUUACGCACAGUUGGUAUUACUGCUGGAAAUAUUCCUGUACUUUGUGCAAAGAAAUUUGACAAUCGAAGAAGAAGAAUGCCACUUAAUGCUUAUGCACUUGACUUCUAUAAACAUGGUUCUUUGAAAGCAAUGGCACAAGAUAAUGGUAUACACGAAGGAGAAGCUUAUCUUCUGCUGAAAGAUUUUUCACUCACUGUUAAAGCUAUCAGCGUUUCUCUAAGGGAACUCUGUGAUGAUGAAGAGGACAAUGUUGUGCAGGCAUUUAGCCAACUCAGUGACAGUUACUGGGAAAAACUGAAAAAAGUCUAAGGCUAAAGACAUAAAAUCAUCUAUGUGCUGAAGCAACAAAAUUCCAAAACUAAGUUUCGUCAUGUUAUAACUUGGACAUUUUAUUAUUUUCAUAACUGCUUUAGGAUAGUAAUUUAAAUUUAUUUUAAUUACAUAAAGUUUUGAAGUCUUUCAACAAUUUAAUUCCUCAACAACUCAGUUUUAUCAUGUAUUUUAUUGGUGUGGCUAUAAGAUGUGUUGAUUUUACAGAUUUUGUGACAAUUAUGGUACUCAUGGCUCUGCUGUGCAUAGCAAAACAUGUUUAUCUUGCUAUGGUAGAGCUUUUUUAUGUAAAAAGAUUUAGUUUCAAGUAUGUAUUUGAGAGAUUGUGCUAAAUAUUAAGUAUUUAAAUUCAGAGAUUAUGUACAAAAACAAUUUAUGCUCUGUUUCUUUUAUUAAUCUAUUAAAAAGUAACUAAUUCAGGGAAUAACUUUCAUUAUACUCUAAGAAAUCAAUGUUAUAAUUAAAGUAA